AGAGACGAAGGCAGUCGCGCCGCGUUCGUCGACGCGACCAGCUGCACCCCAGCGCAGGGAGCUCCACCGCUCCCGACACCCCGACACCGGCCCACCGCCGCCGCCGCCAACGCCUGCACCUACAGUUCGACGCCGCCGCCGCCGCACUCCGCACCCGCAAGAUGCUGCCGGUUCUGGAGAAGCUGCGAUGGCUCUACCAGCCGUACGUGCUGGGAGUCGUGUCGGUGGGCUACGUGCUGGGCGAGCUGGGCCACUACCUCAUCGGUGUCACCAGCAAAGAAAUGGCCAUCGACCUCCACUUCGGCGACAUCACCUGCCAGUUCAACAGCUCCGAGUUCACUGUGGAGGAACUGCCUGUCAAGUGCCCCGAAGCCAAUAACUCUGAUGUAUGUGAGUCGCUGGCUUUGAACGGGACGCCGUAUUGCGAGUGGAACUACAACGGGCUGGGGCUGGACUACCAGGUGCUAGCCGGCCCGUGCUUCAUCGCCGUGUUUACGGUGGCCGGCGUCAUCAUGGGCAUCGUUGCCGACCGCUACAAUCGCGUGCGCUGCCUCGCCGUGUGCACGCUGGUCUUCUCGAUCGCCAUCGUGCUGACGGGCGCCGUCAAGGAGUACUGGCAACUCGUACUCCUCCGUAUCAUCAUGGCUGCUGGGGAGUCCGGCUGCAAUCCGCUGGCGACGGGCGUCCUCUCUGACAUCUUCCCCGAAGAGAAGCGCGGCCUCGUCAUGUCCAUCUUCAACUGGGGCAUAUACGGCGGCUACGGCAUUGCCUUCCCCGUGGGACGCUACAUCCCGAGACUCAACGCUUGGGACCUGGGCUGGCGCGUGUGCUACUACGGCGCAGGCAUCAUCGCGCUCAUCGUGGCGGUGAUCACGGGGCUGACGCUGCGCGAGCCCGAGCGCCAGACCAUCGGCGAGGAGACGGCCAACGCAGCCGCGGCGGCGCCGGCGGCCGACGGCGGCGAGAACGGCGCGGCACAGGGCGCCGGCGCGCCCAAGCCCUUGACGGGCGCCGCCGCCUGGAAGAGGAUCGUUGCCGACUCUGUAGCCAACCAGGGGACACAUGUAAUGAGUGGGUGCUCCGCUUUUGCACCAACGGAAUAUUUGACCCGGCACAAUGACCGGGGCAUGUGCCUGGCGUAUAACUGCGACCUCUACUACGAGUACUACUUCCCUGACUACGACCUUGGCUGGUGGCUGUUCGCUAUCACCAUUGUCGUGGGCAGCGUGGGAGUGGUUUUCGGCGGCGUGUUGUCCGACAAGUUUGUGGCUACCAUGGGCAUCCGUUCGCGCGUUGCCGUGCUCGUCAUCAGUCAGCUUAUUGCCACUCCUUUUGCUUUUGGGAGUGUGUACUUCGGGCCUCUUGGCGCUAUGAUUACUCUGGGCAUAUCCAUCUUUUUCGCUGAAAUGUGGUUUGGAAUUGUUUUUGCGAUCCUUGUGGAAAUUGUACCAUUGUCGGUGCGAUCAACAACUGUGGGCAUAUUCUUAUUCGUAAUGAACAACGUAGGAGGCAAUCUCCCUAUUCUCGUUGAACCGGUUUCAAAAGCAAUUGGCUACAGAGAGGCGUUGUAUAUCUUCUACGCUGGAGCGUAUCUUGUCAGUUCUGGAAUGUUCCUAAUUACGAUGUUCAUGAUGGGUCCUGGAGCAAAAGACAAGGAAAAAGACAAGCCAGCUCUGGACGCAGGUCACGACAACGUUGGCUUCACACUCGAACAGAUCGCUAACGGCAACGGCGUUGUCAACGGCAUCAGUGCGAUGGAAAGCAGCAGACUGUGAAAGGCUCAAAGGACGAUCUAAUAACCUGUACGCACGAUCUAAUAACAAGGCUGCCAGCUCUGGAGAACUGAGUCGAUGGAUUUUCAAUUUGUGUUCGCGAGUCGUCUUGCAACACUUACGGGAAUUCUCUGUCAUUGACGUUCUCAAUCAGCGCGCCUCGAGCUACAAAAAUCGGGCAUACGGAAUGAGAGUCAUUGAGUUUCGAAAGACACUUGCGUGUUUCACACGAGCUCAUUCGCGGCCCGAUAGAGGCGAGAAUGUGACUAAUGUGUUCAGAAGACUGCGUUUAAGAAGAGCUGCGGGCCGCAGGUUCUGCAGAUUUCUCUAAACUUAUAGCCCACGAUGAAAAGGAUGAGCCUUUUUUCAUUUUGUGGAAUGUACAAUAUUCCUAAUGUUAAUACAUCUUUCAAUUCAUAAGAACGAAUCGAAAGACAUUGCUGUACAUAAUUAUUGUUUGUAAUGAUAGUUAGAUUGUAAUAGGAUUUUGAAACUUUCAUGAUGAGCUCCAAUGGUAGCACAGAAUAGGAUAUUUCACAAUCCACGACCACACGUCAGGGUAUUAGAGGCAGGUCACACGAACGAGAUUGCAUAGGUUUUUACGAAAAUCGAACAUUUCAACUGUUCAGUAUAAUUUUUAACAUUUACUUAUUUUAUCUGUUUACUUAACUCGAAAAAAUGACUGUUUUGUAGCCUCAAUCUAGUGAAAGAAUCCUUUCAAGAUUUAACUUCCAAGCUCAAAGCAAUUGAAUACACAUUUCUGUUAACUAUAUGACAAUUUGUACUUGGUGAAGUACAGAACGCAAUAUUGUAUUACAACUGUCAAAUAAAUUUAAAAAAGACUAGAAAC